CGACCCCCCUUGCAUUCUCAGUUUCUCACGCCCCUGCGCUGUCCCGUCGCGAGAUAGAUAACCCUAGCUCCCUUCCAUUGCUUGCCCUCUUCCCCAACCUCUCUCCAGAUCUCUAUAAAAGACCAGAAUUUCGAAUUCCCCCUCGAACCCGUGACACGCGCGCUCCUUUCCCGCCCAUUUAGGCCUCUGAUUCGGCGCGGAUUCGCGGCGCGGAGCCGCCGAGGUUGCGUGCGUGAUUGGGAUGGCGGAGCCGGGGCUCGAGGACAGCCAGCCGGUGGAUCUGUCCAAGCACCCCUCCGGCAUCGUCCCCACGCUCCAGAAUAUUGUAUCAACAGUUAAUUUGGAUUGUAAACUUGACCUCAAAGCAAUAGCUUUGCAAGCAAGAAAUGCGGAGUAUAACCCAAAGCGUUUUGCUGCAGUAAUCAUGAGAAUAAGAGAACCCAAAACCACGGCACUGAUAUUUGCAUCGGGUAAAAUGGUAUGUACUGGAGCUAAGAGCGAGCAGCAAUCUAAGCUUGCAGCAAGAAAGUAUGCUCGUAUUAUUCAGAAACUUGGUUUUCCAGCUAAAUUCAAGGACUUUAAGAUUCAGAAUAUUGUUGGCUCUUGUGAUGUAAAGUUUCCAAUUAGGCUUGAGGGCCUUGCCUAUUCUCAUGGUGCCUUCUCAAGUUACGAACCAGAACUCUUUCCUGGCCUUAUCUAUCGGAUGAAACAACCAAAGAUUGUUCUUUUAAUUUUUGUUUCAGGCAAGAUUGUUUUGACUGGAGCAAAGGUGAGAGAGGAGACCUACACUGCCUUCGAAAACAUCUAUCCUGUGCUGGCAGAGUUUCGAAAAGUUCAGCAAUGAUGACCUGUUGUGAAGGUCACAUCCUUCUAAUUACAAGCUUCCUUGAUGAUUUUCGUGUGACCAUAAAUUCUAACUGUGUACAUAAAAAGUCUGGCGGAAUUUAUAGCAUCUUGUAAUUUCUGUGAGCUGCUGUCUGGCAUGAUUGGGUGGGCGUGUCGUGGUAGCUGGUGGAAUUGUCAAGAUGAUCCGUUUGGGUAGAGGCCCUGGUGAACACGGACACUACAUUAUGUCGCAGUUUGAGUAGUUUGUGUGAGCUGCAGGGUACAUGCUUGUCCCAUGUGGUUGCAGCGUUAACUUGAGUGCUAACAAGAGUAGAUAAAUUUUGGUCUGCUUCGUCUUUGAGGCAGGAGUCCUUCAAAGUCUCUUCUGAGUAUGUUUCAGUGUGAUGUGCGAUGAUGAAAAGGCUGGCGCUGUAUGUAACGUGGGACAAGGGCAAAGGGCAAGGGCAAUGUACUGACGACUGGUUGUAAGUUAUCUGUUGUAUUUGAGUUUGAGAUGCUGUAGCGUUUGACAUUGGGGUAAAUCUUGCUGGUUAUGACCGUAUGGAGGAACCGGUCGAUUGACCAUGCUAUUGGUGUGACUCUGUUAGAGACAAUAAUGUGCACUUAAACCGUGCAAUCAAACGAUCUGAUGUAUGCAAGCUAUUUU